AUGUUCCAAGAGCACUUCGAAGGAUGGAAUAGUGCACUCUUCGGAAGGAUUGAGCCAACGAUUCGAGCUGCAUUCGUCAACUAUCUUCAUCCGCCACAAUACACCCCAUACCGCACAUUGCCACCACGAGACGUGCCGAACACCCCGACCAAUGCCCAGACUCUCGCCCUCUUCGUCAAGAUUUGGAAUAAGGAAGAUGCCUACUCAGGUCAACCUUACGAUCUCCUUGACGAUAAGAUCAGGAACUUCCUAACCACCUGCCGUUCGGUUGAAGUCCCCGAGAGCCAGCUACACGCCUUUCUCCCCCGCGCCCUUACAGGUCGAGCAAAGACCUACUAUGACCUUUAUCUUGACCCAGACCUCACGUUCGCCGCCGCUUACCGACAACUUAAGCAACAUUUCGAUACCAACGUGAAUCUGGAGCAUUACCAUACGGACUGGUCAACUAUCACCUUCAACAGUGUCCGUAGCAAGCACACUGGCGAAAGCAACCUCCGCAACGCAGUCAUCCGCGCUUGCCGUGGAACGCCUGAGCUCAAGCAAGCCUUGUACAAAGCCCCCGCCCAUUGCGAACAACUCUUUGCCGACCUCCGCGCCUCUAUUGAACUUGCGAUCACGGACAACGGUAGCACCCAAUGGUAUACCGACCGCAAGUAUCAACAGAAUAGACCCCCCUUCCGCAACAAUAACAGCGCGAACCCCAAACGACAGCCGCAGAGAAAGAAGGCGUGCUUCAUCUGCGGCAAAGCUGGCUGUUGGUCUACCAAGCAUACCAUAGAAGAACGGAAACAAUCACGGAUGUAUUUCCUUAAUGCCCACAAUGCCUCCGACACGACCCCGGACUUCGCCAUGUUCCUCGCCGAAUUCGAAGGUCAUGAACUUGACGAGACCCCUGUCCCUGACUAUGAUACUGCCAAUGAAAUUGACGAUGAAGACCCAGCGAUUGGCUCGCUGUUCUUCACGCAAUCAUUCCUCGCAGAUUACGCUGUUUUACACCGUCUGACUAAGGAAGAUGCCUAUAGCGCUCCUCAAAAGGCCCCGGCACAACAAUUCCUUGUCGAUGACCGUUACACAACGCGUUAUCAGGGCAUCAUGCUCGACACAGGCCAGGCAGGCAUCUCCUUUGGAGAUGGACCCCGGAUUGUGUCUGUCGCCGAUAUGGACCGGCUAGGCUUGUUUUUCAACAAUCAGACCAACGAAGUCGUCCGCGAUGACAUUCGCGUUCCCGCAGUACGUAAAUGGGGCCACGCAUGGUUCCAUCUAGCUAGACUCCACCGACUGCUUAGAUGUGCCGGGCAUGAUGAUAUUGAUGAGCAGUUUACCCUUAGAGACGACCGCGAGUUCAAUUUCGAGAUAACCGCGGAUGUAGUCCAAAUAGGCGGAAAGCAGGUGCCUAUCGAAGCCCACAACUCGAUUGGAAAGGUAGAAAAGGCACACGGCCCUCCGCCGCGCCUACGAUAUCCUCCAAGCAGAGUUGGAGCGAGGUCCUCGUGGAGAGAGGCUGACGGCUGGACCGGCCCGUGGAUCGUUAUCGGCAAUAACGGCCACGAAAUAACAAUCAAUCAUGUCAAUGGCCCUCAUCACAACCCCACGACGACUCGCAGCCGUCCCCGACGAGUCGACCCCAAUGCACCCCUAACCCCGAUCAAGAUGAUGCCCUGCCCCUCCAACCUGUCAAAGAAGGAAGUUAAUCACUAUGAUCACGCUGUUCAAUUGCGCCGCGAAGGCCACAUCACCACACCAGGUGCCCCCUUUGAACAGUCCGAUACCCAAGAGAUUAACAACCUAAUCGCACAGGGUGUGUUUGAGUUCAUUCGUUUCGACCCCGUGGCCCACAAAGGCCAAAGACUCUUUAAAGCACGCAUGGUCCGCGAAGUUAAAGGACUCGGACCAACCACAAGGCCUCCGCCGACCGUGCAACGGCAGCACAGCGGCUACUCCUCUCAAUUGCCCCUCCUCGCAGGUGAAGCCUCCGUCUUCCUGCGUGAUAUCACACAAGCAUAUAUUCAGUCCAAAACCCCCCUGAAUCCAGAGUCAGGUCUCCAUUGGUUCGUGACAUAUUAUAGGCAUCAUCCCGCCGGCUUCGGCAUGGUCGCUAUGCAGACGGAUGACACCUCCUCCUCGCCUCCCUGA